CGAGGGGAAUACAACCGAUUGACUGGAAUCGUAUCUUUGCACUCAGGAAACGUGCUGCAGCCUGGAGCUGGUGCUUUGAUUGCAAGAGUUGCGCAGUUUCUAAGCGGUAUUCCAGAGACGGUGCCAUGCUCCAGCGUGAACCGGCAGUGCUCCUCCGGGCUACAGGCCAUUAUCAACAUAGCUGGUGGCAUCCGAAAUGGAUCGUAUGACAUUGGCUUGGCCUGCGGUGUGGAAACGAUGUCCCUCAGAAGCGCGGGUAACCCCGGCGACAUCAGCUCCAGCAUGAUGGAAAACAGCAAGGCUCGAGACUGCCUUAUUCCUAUGGGAAUAACCUCAGAAAAUGUGGCGGAGAAGUUUGGGGUUUCCCGAAAGAAGCAAGAUGCCUUUGCUUUGGCUUCCCAACAAAAAGCAUCAAAAGCUCAGCAGAUGGGACUGUUUAAAACUGAGAUUGUUCCAGUGAAGACCACCGUCCUGGAUAAUCAAGGCAACCGAAAAACAAUCACCGUGCACCAAGAUGAAGGGAUUAGGCCCUCCACGACCCUGGAAGGCUUGGCAAAGCUGAAGCCUGCCUUCAAAGAGGAUGGCAGCACUACAGCAGGUAAUGCCAGCCAGGUCAGUGAUGGAGCAGCUGCUGUGCUUCUGGCAAAACGCUCGAAAGCAGCACAACUGGGGCUGCCGGUCCUGGGGGUGCUGAGGUCCUUCGCUGUGGUCGGAGUGCCGCCGGAUGUUAUGGGCAUAGGGCCUGCCUACGCCAUCCCCGUUGCUGUGGAGAAGGCGGGUCUGACUCUGAAUGACAUUGAUAUAUAUGAAAUCAAUGAAGCCUUUGCGAGCCAGGCCGUGUACUGUGUGGAAAAGCUGGGCAUUCCCAUGGAGAAGGUCAACCCCCUGGGAGGAGCAAUAGCACUGGGGCAUCCGCUGGGCUGUACCGGUGCUCGACAAGUUGUCACUCUGCUCAAUGAACUGAAGCGCCGAGGGAAGAGAGCUUACGGUGUCGUAUCCAUGUGCAUUGGAACGGGCAUGGGCGCCGCCGCGGUGUUCGAGUAUCCGGGGAACUGA